CGAGCUGCCGCCUCCCGGCACAGAACUAUAAUUUGAUGAUGGUUAAAUCAUGGGACCUGAAUCAUGCUUCCUUACUAAUUUUCAGUUUUAACUACCUACCCCUCCGUCGACCCCUGCGUUACGUUACAACGAAAGGGUUUAGGGUUUUUGGAAGCAAUGGACGAAGAAAACCAACGAAGUGUGCCGGUUCUGCCAUGGAUGCGCCACCCCGUCGACGUCACUCGCUGUGAACAACUCUCCCUCCGCAGAGUUCCUUUUCUGGACCGCAGAUUAAAGUCGGCGCUAGAGAACAUGGAAAUCUCGAAGCUGUUCCCGGUUCAAGUCGCGCUUUGGCAAGAAACUAUUGGACCAGGUAACUUUGAGCGAGACCUUUGUAUAAACUCGCCCACAGGAAGUGGCAAAACCUUGGCCUAUGCUCUUCCCAUCGUGCAAAAGUUGUUGCCUACUUCCACUGUCAAGUGCCUUCGUGCUUUGGUUGUGGUUCCCACCCGCGACCUUGCCUUGCAGGUUAAACAGGUUUUCGAUGCUAUUGCAUUGCCAUUAGGCCUGCGCGUGGGAUUGGCUGUUGGUCAAUCUUCGGUUGCUGAUGAGAUAUCUAGUCUCGUUUACCUACCGGGGGAAGAGGAGGGUGUAGAUCCUGGGUUUUUGUCUCCGUUCUGGUUUCAAAGUAAGGUGGACAUAUUGGUGGCAACCCCCGGAAGGCUUGUGGACCAUGUCAACUUGUCUAGGGGUUUCACAUUGAAGCAUCUUCAUUAUCUUGUGGUUGAUGAAGCUGAUCGGUUGCUCCGGGAGGACUACCAGUCCUGGUUGCCCACUGUACUUAAAUCGACCCAAUCUAGCAACAAUGAUGAUGGUGGUAGUGGUGGUGGUGAUGAUGUUUUCCAAUUGGGGUUCCCUUAUUCUCCCUGGAGCAGAAGAACAUGUGGAGUUGAGAGGGGGUCUAAGCCUCACUCUAGGCUGGCAAAGGUGGUUUUGUCUGCGACAUUAACUCGAGAUCCAGGAAGGCUUGUUCAGCUUAAUUUACAUCACCCUUUGUUCCUCAGUGCUGGCAAAAUGCGGUAUAGGCUCCCAGAAAAUUUGGAAUCAUUCAAACUGAUCUGUGAAAGAAAGGUCAAACCCCUGUACUUGGUUGCCCUUUUGAAAUCCCUAGGAGAAGAAAAAUGCAUAGUUUUUACAAGAUCUGUGGACUCAACACAUCGUUUAUGCAAAUUGAUGAAUUGUUUUGAAGAUCUGCAAAUUGACAUCAAGGAGUAUUCUGGUCGUCAACAUCAACGUGUAAGAAGCAAGACACUGAAUGAGUUUAGAAAAGGGCAGUUUCAAGUGCUUGUAUCUUCUGAUGCAAUGACUCGUGGAAUGGAUGUAGAAGGGGUAAGAAAUGUUAUUAAUUAUGACAUGCCCAAAUACAUAAAGACUUAUGUUCAUCGAGCUGGCAGGACUGCAAGAGCUGGCCAGAAUGGGCGUUGCUUUACAUUGAUGUCAAAUGAUGAGGUUGGACGGUUUAAGAGGUUGAUGAAAAAGGCUGAGGCUAGUGCUUGUCUCGAGCAUACUCUUCCUUCCCAUUUGAUUGAAGAACUUCAUAGUACCUACCAAUCAGCACUAUCAAAAUUAAAGGAGAUAAUAUUGGAGAGUCGCAGGAAGCCCAAGGAUAAGUCCUGUCAAUAGAUCAGAAAGAGAGAAAAGAGAAAAAGUAUUUCACGGGAAUGGCUGCCAAUGAUUUAUAUAGAUAGUGAAGUUAAUUUAUUUUAUUACUUUACUAGAUUUAAUAUAUUUUAAGAUUCUUGUA